CACCUUAGACUGUUUCAGACAAUUUCUAUAUUGUCAUAUAUUGAUUCUAGUGAUUUUAUCUGUCUCACUAGAAACAAGUUAAAUGAUCUCACUACACUGGCUGAAUUUCAUUAUGUUAUCAGUGUGUUCUCAGUUCUGUCUUCAAUGUCAAGCUAAAUACCCUGAGGAGGGAUGAGCCAGCCCUGAGCCAGUUCUGCUUUUUGUGAGGCUGAUUGAACCAAAACCCUGAACUAGGAAGUUUUAUGAAGAGGGAGAAUGGAGAACGUCUCCUCGAACAAACACUUCAUCCUCAAUGGCUUCAAUGAACUCGGAGCACUGAGGCCCGUCCUCUUCAUACCUUUCUUCAUCAUGUUUGUUGUGUCACUGCUGGGCAACUCCCUGCUGCUGUACAUCGUCAUUUCACAGAGAAGUCUCCACUCACCGAUGUACAUCCUCAUCGCCGGCAUGGCAUGUGUUGACCUGAGCCUUCCAGUGUUCUUUGUCCCCAACAUGCUGCUGAGCUUCUUGUUUGACUGGAGGAGAAUUUCUCUGAUUGGCUGCCUGGUUCAGAUGCACUUUAUUCACUUCGUGGGAACUUUUCAGUCCACAUUGCUGGUUUGGAUGGCACUGGACCGCUAUUUUGCCAUCUGCACACCACUUUACUACCACGAACGCAUGGCUUUACCGAGAUUUCUCAAGUUUAUAAUCCCGCUUGUGAUCAGAAAUGUUGUCAUGAUCACUGUCUUACUGAGUCUGGCAGGAACAUUGUCAUUCUGUGCUUCAGAUGUAAUGAACCACUGUUUCUGUGAGCACAUGGCCUUGGUGGAGCUGGCCUGUGGAAGUACUGCCAUCAACAGCUUGAUGGGGUUGAUCUCAGUUUUCCUUAUCCUUGUGGUUGACUUCAUCAUCAUUGCUGCAUCCUAUGUGGUGAUAUUCACAUCUGUGCUCAAGUCUGGCAAAUCGGGUGUCAAAGCACUUCACACCUGUGUCACCCACAUCGUGGUCAUCACUGUCACUCUGACCAUCGCACUUGUUGCUUUCCUGUCGUAUCGGAUCAGAAAUGGUGUUCCUGCAGCCAUUCGGGUUUUCUUCAGCACCAUGUACCCGCUGUUCCCUAGCUGUUUCAACCCGAUCAUCUACGGCAUCAGAACCACUGAAAUCCGACAGCACAUUGUGAAGACACUGAGGUGUUGUCGCUUUGUCCAGACAGUGCCGCAUUCUUGAGAAACUAUUCUGUAUCUGUAAUGUAAGAUUAACUACAUACUAUAUGCAUCAAUCUACUAAAGACUUAAGAAUGACUUUUUAAGGAAGGUGCUCAACAAUGCUCUCCUUUUUGGGAGUUUACCGGGAAGAAUAGCUGAACUACAUGGCUAGGUUGAUGUCAACACUUUGCCUCUACCAAGUAUCUUGAUGUGGGCUACCACACCCUGGUCCUAACCUUUCCCUGAACCCCUAUAUUGCCUGGCAUUCAUCACAAGCUAUCUGCAUCCUAAUUGUUGGUUAGACUAUAGUUGCAGUAGUGAUAAUAAUUUAAUCCACAAUUAAAGGAAUUAGAGCAUAUAUAUUCAUAUGAGGACUGAGCCUUAGUUCAUCAUAUCACCAUACUGAAUGCUUUUUAUUAAACACUUUGUGUGAGCUCUAAGCAUGGGUUAAAGGAUGCAUAGGAAUGUGUCAUUUUUUUCUGUAAAUUCUCUAUAAAUUCUGGCUUUUGCAGGGAAAUAUGCAUAUGCACAUUUCACAGCUGUUUAAGCAAGUUUUUGAAAUUGCAAUCUUCAUCAAUGAGGCCCCAGGUCUUUUACAUUUUUGCAACCAGGAGUGUUAGCAUAUACAAGCAUCAUCAUGGUUAAGUAUCCUUCUGCUCAAAAAAACAGAUCCUGACAACUACGCCAAAUGCCAUGUAAUAAACGGCAGAAAAGUGGAAAUUGGAGUCUAUAUUUGUUUUAAAGCUUUGGUUGGCAAGCAACACUGAGCAACCAAGGACCCAUAUGCUAAAACUGUGUCAAGAGAGGACAACAUUGGAAGAGAGGAACCAGGGGGAGCGCUACCGGUCUGCUGUUCUUGUUGCCAUUGUGUGUUGCAACUUUUGGGUACUUCCCUGCUAAGAUAAAAUAAGAUAGACUUUAUUGAUCCCAAACUUGGGAAAUUCACUCAUUCAGAAAUUCCAGAUUCAACACAAUAGAUAAGAAAAUACACAAUAAAUAAAUAAAAUAAAAUAGAAGAAAAAGAUAUAAUGAAAAUAGGAAAAAAAAGAGUUGCAUGGACACAAUAUACAGCUUUUUACAUACAGAUGUGAUUGAUAUGGAACAUUGCACAGGUCACAGCAGGAGGAAUUGGCAUGGUGUAAAAAUAAAUAAUUGCACAGGGACAAAAAUAAAUACAGGAGUAUAAAUUGGAUGGAGGACCUGCGUUAGCACUCCACAGCUGCGGUAACAGGCUGCCACUCACAUCUUGCCAUCUUGGAUCAUGAAAUCAUCAGUGAGUGACAGGCCUUACUCUUUAAAUCUUUUGUAUCUAUUGUACCUUCAGAGACUGCCCAUUAGCAUUCUUCUCUGUUAGACGACCAUGCCUUACAUUGACAACCACCCUCUCUUGACUAUUUUGGACCUAAGACAGCACUCCUUAAGGUGUCCACACUGCCAUCUUCAUACACUCUUAAACUGUGAGUGGAUUCUGUCUGAGAACAAAUUGAUUUGAACAAUUAUAUUACCAUUACUAUUACUACACAACUUGGAGGGAAUAAUUUCCGUAAUUUGACGGCACUUGAACAGUAAAACACAGCUGCUAAUUGGAAGGUAACACAGUGGGUGUUGUUCUACUAUACUCCACAAUAUUUUGAUGGAGAGACUUAAUUCAUGGGUGGGUCUCACUGACCAUGUACUAGCCUGGGUUCAAUCAUAUUUAACUGAUACAGUUUUUUGUCAACCUGAGUGCUUAUAUAUCAGAGAUUCAAUAUGGCAUUCCUCAAGAAAGCAUUAUUGGCCCAAUUCUGUUUUCUUUAUACAUGCUUCCACUUAACAUUUUAUGCUGAUGAUACUCAAUUGUAUAUUUUUGUCUUACCAAACCACAUCAUUGCACUGCAUGCUCUCGUUGCCUGUCUCACUAACAUUAAUGUAUGAAUGGGUAAAAACUUUUUAAAGCUAAAUGAGGAAAAAUAGAGAUUCUCUGAAUAGGAUGAAUAAGAAACUACAUUCAAUGCUUGGUGACUGUAUCAAAAUGAUUAAAACUAAUGUCAAAAAUU